AUGCAGUAUAUCAUUGCUCUCUGUUCUCUCUUCGCCAUUGCCGUUUCUGCCGGCCCGGUUGAUAUUCGCUCGCAACACCAAGUUACCUUCGCCUUGUCAAACGACCAGUCAGGAGCCUAUUCCAGUGCUACGUUCUUGACCGAUGGGACGGAUAAGAACGUGGGUGCUCUUUUUGCUGGUACUUCGGUUGCCGCCAGUGGCAAAGUCCUAGCCAGUUCCGGGCAAUUGACUGCAUUCCCGCAGACAGUCAACUGCGUACUCAAGAACAAUGGGGCUUAUAUUACGACACUGACAGCCCAAAACACCUACGUUGACCUUGACGGAAACCCCAGUGUCUCCACUCCAGUUAACUUGAGUGGUGCCACCAUCAAUUGCCAUGCCUGA